CGGAAACCGGAACUGGAAGCGACAGUGUCUGAAUGUCUCCACUGGUGUUGAUGGGAUGUAGAAAAGGCACGUGGACAUUUGUAUCGCUCAUCCACAGAAGACUUUGUGCCGGAAGGAGCUUGAUCUGUCCCUCUGCUCUAUUCUCUUCUGCCUCUACAGUCUCACCCAGCCUGUCAUUUCCUCCUGCACACUCCCAGAGUCUCUUGACAAACCGCCAAAUCCCAGUUUCCCUGCAUCCACCUGCUCAUCUCUCCUCCACUCGCUCCCUCUGGCACCCCACUCCCUGUUGCAGCCUGAUGGAGCUAAAGGAGGUUCUGCAGGUGCUGGAGCAGCUCGCUCCUCUGGCACUCGCCGAGUCUUGGGACAACGUGGGCCUGUUGGUGGAGCCCAGCAAAUCCCGGCCUAUUAAAAACAUCCUGCUUACCAACGACCUCACAGACGUUGUCAUGGAGGAGGCAGAGGCCAUGAGCUGUGACCUCAUCAUCUCCUAUCACCCUCCGUUGUUUCGGCCAAUCAAGCGUCUUGUUCAGGGCGAUUGGAAGCAGCGGUUGGCCGUGCGGGCAGUGGAGGCGGGGAUGGCGAUCUUUUCCCCUCACACCUCAUGGGACAGUGUUAAAGGAGGCGUGAACGACUGGCUGGUGGGGGGGCUUGGUAGAGGCCAGGUGUCUGUGCUGAGUCAGGCCCUCUGCGGUGCUUCCCACUGUCACAAGCUGGAAUUCACAGUCAGGAACACAGAGGAACUGAACUCUGUGAUGGAGGAACUGAAGGCUUGUGCUGGUGGAGCGUCGCUGCAGUAUUCCACCAGCAGAGCAGACAACGGUGGGAUCCAUGUUGGUGUCACCUGCAGUGACUCAGUGCUGCCCCUCAGUGUUCACACUUUGCUACCGCACACUGCAGCCAGUCAGUCCCUGAACAUCCUAAAAUUGGAGAAGCCUCCUCUCCCAGGACAUGGUCAAGGGCGACUCAGUGUUUUGGACCAGCCUGUAACUGUGGCAACAGCCAUCCAGAAAAUAAAGUCUCACCUGGGUCUGAAUCACCUGCGUUUGGCCAUAGGAUGGGGGAAGACACUAGAGUCUUCUGUGUGUACUGUGGCUGUGUGCGCCGGAUCAGGAGCAUCAGUACUGAAUGGAGUCAAAGCAGACCUCUACAUCACAGGUGAGAUGUCCCACCACGAGGUCCUGGACGCUGCUGCGAAGGGAACCAGCGUCAUCCUCAGCGAUCACAGCAACAGUGAGCGAGGUUUUUUGACGGUGUUCAGGGAGAGACUGGCCGUGCGUCUUCCUGACACGGUCACAGUGGCCGUGUCCAAGGCUGACAAGGACCCCCUGGAGGUUGUCUGACCACUUGUUUGUGUUUUGUUCAGAGUCACUUGUGUGCGCUUGGACUUAAUGUUUGUGAGAAGAUUGCAUUAAAAAAAAAAACCAUCUUCAUUCAGGCCCUUUAUAGAAAGCUGAGCUUAAAACAACAGAAGAGUGAGAGCCUCAUACAAAUGAUGAUGAUGGUCAAAAACAGAGUGAAUCAUGUCGUCUGUCAUCUAAAUGCAUGCAGUGGAUUUAUUUACACACAGCAAGUUGUGUGAUUUAAUCACCCAGUGAUUACUCAGUGGGUGUGGAGAGAUGAUUUCAGCAUCCACAUGAUUUUCUCUAAUUGUGUUUGCAUCAAGCAAAUGAUGAGACUGAAGAAGACUAAUAAUGACAUUCAUUUUAUUAAUAUAACACUUUUUUAAGCUUAAGCACAACAUGCUUUCCAGAUAAAACUAAAUAUCAUACCUGAAGUGAUGAUUCUUCUUCUUCUUAUUAUUAUUAUUCUUAUAAUAAUAGUAUUAUAGUUGCAUGAAGAAUGUGUGAUAUGCUGUGCACACCCCCUGCACUGAGAAUCAGGCUGACACACUCACUCUCAAGACUCUAAAGUCCAUGACGACUUGAGUCUGUGGUAUCUUAACAAUAUAUUCACCACUUCAUCUCACCAUUUUGACUAGAUAUUGAGGUUUGUGUCACGUUGUAAAGCGCUCGCUCUCCGUGCUCACGGACAGAUCAGGGUGCAUUCGUAUGUCACUUUGGACAUUGGGUCUAGUUAACAUGCCAGUGUGUCCUUGGGCAAGACAUUGAACCCCUCUUUGCUCCUGAUUGCUGUGCCGGCAGCGUGUCAACGAGUAUGAAAGAUGUGAGUGAAUGGCUGAAAAAGCAGCUUUGAGGGAUCAUCAAGACGAGAAAAGUGCUAAAUAAAUGGACCAUUGACUCGA